AUGUCCAUCACCAGAGUCCCCACGGAACUUGUGAAUGAGAUUUGCAGCUAUCUCGAACUGUCGGACUGGUGCACACUUCGCAACUCUUGCAACUCACUCUACACGAAAUCAUGGGAGGAAUUUGUCGAACGAUAUUUCAAUAGCAUCUGCAUAUCCGUCAAGUGCGAUAGCCUACGUCGGUUAGAACGUCUCGCCGCAGAUGAGGACCUCCGAGUACGAGUUAAAGAGGUAUGGAUCAAACCAAACUUGUUCAAGGAACGAUAUCAGUUGAGCUUGGAAGCGUUUCGACGCACCGGACACCCAGAAGCAUGCCGAACACUGGGAGUGGACCUGGAGGAAUGUUAUACACAAUACCAGGCAAUAUCAGCAGAUUCUUCAGAUUACGGAGUCCAAAAUCUUCGCAAAUACCCUCACGAAUGUGACACACGCUUUGAGAACCUGAAACCUUUGUUUUGCGAUCUUCCUCCAAGGCCAGUCGGCACGGCCCAAAGAGUGGUCCAUUCACGGUUGGGCAAGAUCAUGUCCUGGCCUUCUCGGCAAUAA